CUAUAUAAACCACAAACUUCACGUUUUCCCGGCCACUCUGCAAAUCACCACCACAGAAAAUUUCCACCACCACCGUCAACGGCGGCGCCACUCGUUGCAACGCCGCGCUGCGCUGUUCUUCUUGAUAUCGUUUUUGUUUGUUUCUUCUCUUUCACGUGCCGGUGGUUAAUGGUGUUGCGCGAAGAGAGAGGCUCGGUUCCGGCGCCGAACCCCAUGACGACGAGUCCCAAGAGAUCGAACCGAUUCCAGCCCAAAUUCCCCUUGCCGCCCUUGAAGUGGGGGCAGCAGCGGUUCCUAAGGUGCUCCAACAACGCCGCCGCCGCCGCCGGUUCUUCAGGCAGCGGGGAUCGGUCAUCUCCGAUGUCUGACGAAUCUGCGACGAGACGCGAGAGGGAGCGGAGUCCUGCGAGGGGGUUGAAGCGGCGACAUGUUGGCGGCGGCGGCGGUUGUGACGACGGUGACGGCGGGAUCGCGGUGGUGAGGCGGAAGCUGAUGCAUGAUCUGAAGACUGAGGCGGACAGGAUGAAGGAUGCGAUAUUGGGGAACGGGAAGGAGCAAGAAGAUGAAGAAGGAGAGGCUGCGAGGCCGUGGAAUCUGAGGGCCAGGCCGGAUAGGCCAUCGUCCGGUGAGAAGAAUCGCGAUUGCUCCUCGCCGGCGAGGGUUGACGGCGGGGUCGCUGGGAGGGUGCCGAAGCUGCGAAGCGAAACUGAUAAGACGACGGCGCCGCCGCGGAGGGAGAAGUUUUCGCUGCAGUUGACGAAAGCGGAGAUUGAGGAAGAUUUCAUGGCGAUGACGGGGCGGCGGCCGCGGGCGAGGCCCAGUAAGAGGCCCAAACCUGUGCAGAAGAAACUGGAUUCACUUUUUCCUGGGUUGUGGUUAUCAGAGGUUACUCCUGAUUUGUACAAGGUUGAUGAUGCUACUGAGAAGGGGAAAGGGAAAGGGAAGAACAAGGAUGAUGAAUCUCUCUGACUCUGAUGAUGGUUGGGUCAAGUUUUCACAGUAACAUCUGGUGAUGGCUUGCCUCUGUGGCUUUGUAUGCUAUAUAUAGUUUCUUGAUUCUUUUGUUUAUAGGAAUAACUCUCUGCUGGGAAUUGAACUGAGUUUGGACUUUGGAGAGUACAAUGUAGUUAGCUUAGCUGACUUUUUAGUUUUUACUCUGCUUUCUGUGGCCUCAAGGACUCAGCUCCAAUGUGUCACAAUUUUGAACUUUGAUUUCAGUAACUAGAUGAUGCCAAUUACUCAAAUUUUGUAUCCUAGUACCUUAUCUCUGAGUAUUUUUCAAGUCUGGUGUAAAUUUGACUCUGUUACUUCUUGGUUCUUAGUAGUUAGUCCCUUACUCUCAGGUGCUACUUGUGAGUGUUA